AAACGUCAUUAGAAGAUGCAGUCGAACGACAAAUCGACGGGUAACCGUGAAAAGGAGGCUCCGCCAUCUCCUCACUAUCUGCCGGACAUACCGCUGCCGACGCCGCCUCCCAUGGCCAACAUCAUGAUGACGUCGCGGUUCGACCUUCAGACCAGAGGCGGCUGCGGUUAUCGCAGGAUCCUGAGCUCCAGGUCCACGGAUUUCAUCAUCCCCGGUCGUUCGCCCAUCUUCCCCAGGUCCUCCACUUUCCAACGCGAUAAACCCGGCUUCAACGUCUACAGGGACAGGUGUUUGAGCCUGUCGCCUUUGCCGAUACGUCGGAAACCGUUCGAGGCUCCCCCAAGACCCCCUAUGGAGCUACCCAGCAAACCAACGACCACCAAACAGGCCCAACCGAAAAGCAAGUACCUCUCGAGUGUGUCGGUCGUGUCCGAGGAAAUUGAAGAAGUCGAAGAGCUAAGAAGGGAGAUACGACAGAAAUUCCGUCAAGGGAAACCUUACGAGAUAUCGCCAGAGUACCAAAGUCUAUACUUCAACGAACAUUUCAUGUCGGAUAUCGAUGAAAACGAGGAGAUUAAAGAAUUUUCCGUCGGCUACAAGACGCCAGACACCGAUGCAUCUGACGAAACGCCUCAUUUCUACGGAAGAAAGUCGAUGGACGUCGACUACAGCCUUAGUACCAACUUGGACUACGAGGACGUCUUCGAUUCGGGCGUUUUCAUGAAGUACUACAACCUGGAUUCGGUGUAUCCUGGGAGCCAGAAGUACCCGAAUGAAGAUCCCCGUAAGUUCCAGACCAUAUCGUCCAUCGAUCUUAGGUGCGAAAUGAAAAAACCUCGGAAAAGGUGCUCCAAGAGGAACUACGAGUACGAUUUCAGUGCCAGUUCGGUCUCGUUACCGGGUUGUAGGGUUGAUAGGAACGUUUCGCUGAACCAUAGGAAGGAACUGAACGAAAGUCCUUCGGAAUGUUUGAGUGAUAGUACGGAGAAGUUUGCAGAAUGCGUGAAGGCUGUUACGAAGGGUCCCUACAGACCAGUUGUCAAAUUGGCCAAUAUAAGGACGGUAUGUCGUAACUACCCCUGGUCUGACAACGGAAUGUCAACACAUGACGCUGGGCAGUUGGGAGGCCCUAUAGCUUCCCCAGCUCUCUCAUCGCCUGGAGCUGGAAGCAAACAUUCAACGAUGGAUCCUUCGGACAGGUUCUUAGGCAAAGGAUCUCCAUUCUCCCCACCUACUGGAGAUCCCCAGAGGCAUUCUCAGAGCGAUGAUGACUCCGGCUGUGCUCUGGAAGAAUAUACUUGGGUACCACCAGGACUCAGACCGGACCAGGUUCACUUGUACUUCAGCGCUCUUCCUGAAGACAAAGUACCAUACGUGAACUCAGUAGGAGAGAGAUACAGAGUACGGCAACUCCUUCAACAGCUUCCGCCGCAUGAUAACGAAGUACGAUAUUGCCAUGCCCUGAGUGACGAGGAGAGAAAAGAGCUGAGGUUGUUUUCUGCUCAAAGAAAGAGGGAAGCCCUUGGAAGGGGUUCUGUGAGGCAACCCCCAACAUCGAUGCAAUGUGAUGGGUGCGAUGAGACCGUUUCUGCAGGAGAUAUAUGCGUAUUCGCUUCUAGAGCUGGACCAAACACCUGCUGGCAUCCCGCCUGCUUCACUUGCUACGUUUGUAACGAACUCCUGGUGGAUUUGAUCUAUUUCUACAAAGAGGGAAGGCUGUAUUGUGGCCGACAUCAUGCUGAAACCAUCAAGCCAAGAUGUUCCGCUUGUGAUGAGAUAAUUCUGGCAGACGAAUGUACGGAAGCCGAAGGUCGAGCAUGGCAUAUGAAGCAUUUCGCUUGCUCGGAGUGCGAACGUCAGCUAGGUGGACAGCGAUACAUUAUGAGAGAGGGGCGCCCAUACUGUCUCCAUUGCUUCGACGCCAUGUUUGCCGAAUACUGCGAUUCCUGCGGAGAACCCAUCGGGGUGGAUCAAGGACAGAUGAGCCACGAAGGUCAACACUGGCAUGCCACCGAAAACUGCUUCUGUUGCCACACCUGCCAUUCUUCCUUACUCGGAAGGUCUUUCCUCCCUAGAAGGGGAGCAAUUUAUUGUUCUAUUGCUUGUAGCAAAGGGGAACCGCCAACGCCUUCAGAUAGCUCGGGGCCUGGUAGCAGAAUAGCGAGACCGCCUAACAAAGGAAAAACAAGAUCUUCAUCUCCAAGUGAUUCUCAUACGCCGCCACCUUCCCCUAGUACAAAAGCCAAUAAUACUAAUUCAUCCACCAUAUCUUCACCGUCAUCGCCGCCAAGGCAUUCAGGCCAGAUGCCCAUAGGAAAAUUAUCACUGCCAGUAAGAUCGCCAAAAAUGGGACGACGUGCCUUGCAGAGAUCGCCGAAACCAGGAUCGAAUCCAGCGACUCCAACACCUUCCGAUAGUAGCCAAACAGGUCCUCAAGAUAACCUAUUCCUUACUGAAGAAGCGUGUAGAGUACAAAAUCAACAAACGGCACAGCAAAGUCCAGUAGGUGGCAGGGGUUUGGACAGAGCGCUGUUAGAGAGGAAUCUUGAACGUUUGUUGACUGAUAGAAAUCCUUCCUCCCAGGAUCUGGAGAAACUUCUUCACUCUAGAGAUAGAAGUAGGGAACCUCUACACCUUGCCGACUUGAGCCUUGAUGAUUGGUCGCCCAAUUUACGGUCAGAGAACACGGACGUGAGUCAAAACGAGAGUAAACUAGACACGAACUCGACCGAAUACCUGCCAGAACUGGAAACUCCGAGUGACAACAUCCAACCUCAUGCUUCUUCGAUGCCUGAACUUGCCACUUCGACCAGUAGCGCCAAUCAAGAACAACCGACUACUCCAGGAUCUCCAAACAAACGUGAUAAAACUACAUUGAGUGUCCGAUUUCUCGGUGAUAACGACGCGUUCGAAUGUGAUGAAGCAGACGCAGCAACUGUUGAAGCUUCCAACCGGCUACCAAGAAGCAGGAGCUACUCGGGUCGCUCGAAAUACAUAGAUACGUUGAACAGAAAAACGAAAUCCAAGAGACCUACAGCUCUUCCACAGUUGCCUUCUACGAGCCGCCACGAUGACGACGACAACAGGAGUUAUUGUUCAACUUGCUCAUCUAGUUCUUCUAGUGAUGACUUAGACUAUCAGUUACCUCCAAGGAGAGCUUACGGUGGCGUUAGAAUAUCCUACGUUCCUAAUGACGCCCUAGCUUGCGCCAGACGUAGACAAGCUUCGAACCAAUCGCAAGGAAAAAAAUCCGGUUUAGAUGAGAAAGAUAAGAACUGCAUUAUAUCAUGAUUAUACCUGUUCUUGAAGCGAAUCAAGCCUUCCAUUACAUUCAGUUGCCAAAAAUAUGUAAAAAUGAAAGUAUUCAGGGUAUCUAGAGAUAGAACUGACACAAAUUUAUAAACUCUAAUAUUUAUAUACCUACUUACAAAAUGUACACUGAUCCUAAUAUGUAUUUUAGAAAUAUUUGAAUUUUGUAAAUAAUUUAUUUGUACUUUUAUAAAUAUUGUUGGAAUAUAUUGUUACUAUACUAGUUGAAUAACCAGAGGAUAUUCGUAGAAAUUGUAUGGAGAAUUAUGUAAAUUCUGUAAAAUAUUUGAAUAAAAAGUAUAAGUCGAA